AACACACCGUUUAUUGCAGUGCUGGAUGUAAUAAAAAAGUGAAAUUAAACAUAAUAUAAGUAAUAAUUUAGAUGUAUAUAUGUGUGUGUAUACCAUUGCGCUGCAUAGCAUUGUUUACAUGCUAAGAACGAAUAUACUGAAUGGUAUUUAGCUAAGUUGACUAGCUUGUGUUAGCUAGCCUAACUUGCUAACGUUAGUCGUGAAUAGCCAGUUUAGUUAUCUUUUAGCUGUUAGCUAGUUGCUAUUGCAAUGCAGAGACGAAAACAAGAUAUAAAGAUGUAGCCUUAAUGAAGAUUCCCUGGCAAUAGCAUCUAAUUUUUAAUUAGCAUAAUGAGUGGCUCCAAGCCAGAUAUAUUGUGGUCUCCACAUCAUGUGGACCGUUUUGUCAUCUGUGACUCGGAGCUCAGCCUGUACCGGAUCGAAUCUGUGGGCAGCGCUGAGACCAAGGCCGGGGUGCUCCCGCUGUCCGAGGAGACUGCGGCCACGCUGCUGGCCAUCAACUCGGACACGCCCUACAUGAAGUGCGUGGCCUGGUACCCCAAGCACGAGCCCGAGUGCCUGCUGGCGGUGGGGCAGGCCAACGGGCGCGUGGUCCUCACCAGCCUGGGCCAGAGCCACAACACCAAGUGCAAGGACCUGAUGGGGAAGGAGUUUGUGCCCAAGCACGCUCGCCAGUGCAACACGCUCGCCUGGAACCCCAAUGAGAGCAACUGGCUGGCAGCCGGCCUGGACAAACACCGGGCCGACUUCUCCGUGCUCAUCUGGGACAUCAGCAGCAAGCUGGCCCCCGAGGCUUCCGUGGCCACGGAGAAGAUCCGGCUGACGUCGGGCGACACGGACUCGGGCCAGGUGGUGACCAAGCCGCUGUACGAGCUGGGGCAGAACGACGCCUGCCUGUCGCUCUGCUGGCUCCCGCGCGACCAGAAGCUGCUGCUGGCCGGCAUGCACCGCAACCUGGCCAUCUUCGACCUGCGCAACACCAGCCAGAAGAUGUUCGUCAACACCAAGGCCAUCCAGGGCGUGACGGUGGACCCGCACUUCCCCGAGCGCGUGGCCUCCUUCUUCGAGGGCCAGGUGGCCAUCUGGGACCUGCGCAAGCUGGAGAAGCCCGUGCUGACGCUCAGCGAGCAGCCCAAGCCGCUCACCAAGGUGGCCUGGUGCCCCACGCGGACGGGCCUGCUGGCCACGCUGACGCGCGACAGCAACAUCGUGCGUCUGUACGACAUGCAGCACGCGCCCACGCCCAUCGGAGACGAGACGGAGCCCACCAUCAUCGAGCGCAGCGUGCAGCCCUGCGACGCCGUCAUCGGCAGCUUCGCCUGGCACCCGUCCUCGCAGAAUCGCAUGGUGGCCGUGUCGCCCAACCGCGCCAUGACCGACUUCACCGUGUUCGAGCGCAUCUCGCUGGCCUGGAGCUCCACCUCCUCGCUGAUGUGGGCGUGCGGGCGCCACCUGUACGAGUGCGUGGAGGAGGGCGGGGAGGGCGGGGCGGCCCAGCGCGACAUCGCCACCAAGAUGAGGCAGCGCGCCCAGUCCCGGUACGGCCACGACACCAUGCAGGUGUGGAGGAACCACCUCCUGGCCGGAGGAGACGACCCGCAGCUCAAGUCCCUGUGGUACACGCUCUACUUUAUGAAACAGUACACUGAGGAUCUGGAGCAGAAGCAGCAGGGGAACAAGCAGCCUCUGGUGUAUUCUGGCAUCAAGAACAUUGUCAGGUCGUCCUCUGGCACGACGGAGAGCCGGCGGUGCUGGAGCGGUUCGGACAGACAGACGGACGCGGCGCGGUUCCACAGCGAGGAGCGGAGCCUGGCUCUGCAGCUGUGCGGCUGGAUCAGGCGCGGCCCGGAGAUCGACGUGGAGCCCUUCCUCAAGUCCCUGGAGCAGGAGGGCGAGUGGGAGCGUGCGGCCGCCGUCGCCCUCUUCAACCUGGACAUCCGCCGGGCCAUCCAGAUCCUCAACAAGGGCGCGUCCUCCGAGAAAGGGGACCUGAACCUGAACGUGGUUGCCAUGGCGCUGUCGGGAUACACGGACGAGAAGAACUCCCUGUGGAGAGAGAUGUGCAGCUCAUUGAGGCUCCAGCUUAACAACCCCUACCUCUGCGUGAUGUUCGCCUUCCUCACCAGCGAGCCAGGGGCCUAUGACGCCGUGCUGUAUGAGAGCAGUGUGGCAGUCAGAGACAGGGUGGCCUUCGCCUGUAUGUUCCUCAGUGACUCCCAGUUGCCCCGCUACAUUGAGAAGCUGACCAAUGAGAUGAAGGAGGCGGGGAACCUGGAGGGCAUCCUGCUGACAGGGCUGACUAAGGACGGGGUGGACCUGAUGGAGAGCUAUGUAGACCGCACCGGGGACGUUCAGACCGCCAGCUUCUGCAUGCUCAAGGGCUCUCCUGGGGAGGUGGUGAAGGACCCGCGUGUUCAGUGCUGGAUCGAGAACUACCGCAACCUGCUGGACGCCUGGAGGUUCUGGCACAAGAGAGCCGAGUUUGACAUCCUCCGCAGCAAACUGGACCCCAGCUCAAAGCCCCUUGCACAGGUUUUCGUGAGCUGUAACUUCUGUGGGAAGUCCAUCUCCUACAGUUGCUCGGCGAUGCCGCACCAGGGGCGUGGCUUCAGCCAGUAUGGGGUGAGCGGCUCACCCACCAAGUCAAAGGUCACCAGCUGCCCGGGGUGCCGCAAGCCCCUCCCCCGCUGCGCCCUGUGCCUGAUGAACAUGGGCACGCCCGUGUCCAGCUGCCCAGGUACGGGUAAGUCCGACGAAAAGGUGGACCUCAGUAAGGACAAGAAGCUGGCCCAGUUCAACAACUGGUUCACCUGGUGCCACAACUGUCGCCAUGGAGGCCACGCAGGCCACAUGCUCAGCUGGUUCAGAGACCACACAGAGUGCCCCGUUUCUGCCUGCACCUGUAAGUGCAUGCAGCUGGACACCACUGGGAACCUGGUGCCUUCGGACAGCGCGUAGUCGACCUGACGAGUCGUCCCUCUCCCUGUCCCUCUCCCCCUGUCCCUCCCUCUGUCCCUCUCCCCCUGUCCCUCCCUCUGUCCCUCCCCCUGUCCCUCCCCCUGUCCCUCUCUCCCUGUCCCUCUCUCUGUCCCUCUCUCUGUCCCUCUCUCUGUCCCUCCCUCUGUCCCUCCCUCUGUCCCUCCCUCUGUCCCUCUCCCUCUGUCCCUCCCUCUGUCCCUCCCUCUGUCCCUCUCUCUGUCCCUCUCCCUCUCUCCCUGUCCCUCUCUCCCUGUCCCUCUCUCUCUGUCCCUCUCUCUGUCCCUCCCUCUGUCCCUCUCCCUGUCCCUCUCCCUGUCCCUCUCUCCCUGUCCCUCUCCCCCUGUCCCUCUCUCUGUCCCUCUCUCUGUCCCUCUCUCUGUCCCUCCCUCUGUCCCUCUCCCCCUGUCCCUCUCCCCCUGUCCCUCCCUCUGUCCCUCCCUCUGUCCCUCUCCCUGUCCCUCUCUCCCUGUCCCUCUCUCCCUCUUCCCCUGUCCCAGGCACUGCUCCCAACACUGACAACUCCCGAGCUUCCUGUCGAACUGCUGUGUUUAUUUCAGCAGAUCGCUUUUGUUCAGCAGACUGCUUCCUUGGAUGCAAAAGGGACAGAGCGGCAUUUGCUGAGAGAGCCAUUGUCUUAUUGAUGUGCUGUGAGCCAGGUGCUUUAGGGGGACAUGUUGGCCAAACACAAGGUGUCAGUAUACCAACAUCAUAUCAGUGGCUUUUUGGUUUCAUGUUACCAACAUUUUGAGUUCUAUGCCUUUGCUGCUGAGAGCAGCAUCCAUAUGCUGUCAAUCAUGCCUGUAUAUACAGUGGCUUGGUUGGUUGGUUAUUCCUCUUCACAUCGCAUCAAAAUCCAGAUAGAUUUAUAAAUGUAUUAUGCCGUUUUGACAAACCUAAAUAAACCUAUUGACGUUUUGGUGCUAGUGUAAUAUUAUACAACUAAUGCACACUGAUGCAAUAGUGUUCUCUAACUUCCUAUAGUUUUGUUUGAUGAGUGUAGGGGGACAUCUUUGUAACAGGAUGUGAUGUGUCUGAUUGACCAAUAAGCAUACGCAAGUCUGAUCAGCAGCUGUAGGUAGGUUUGUUUUCACAGCGUGUUGAGCUCUGCGUGGCUCAAAGAUGUCCCUCCUUUUCUUUUUUUUAUUGUGAAUAGGGUAUUUUGUUACAGUACAUCUGGAAAUGGUUUUUUCACUAAUAUAAUCACUCACAGAUUUGCAAACACUUGUGGAAUACUGUUGGCCAUAGUAGUUGACCCACAGUUUCUGAAAUGCAUAAAUAUAAUAUGGACAUAGUGGAAUAGGAACAGGAGCCAAAAAAUGAGAUAAGCCUAUCAAUCAAUGUGACUGAUAUAUGCUUCGAUAUUUUGUAAUAUUAAGUGUAAUUAACACAUACUUAAUUGCCCGCUAUAUGUCAUGGAACAUUUCUGUAACCCAGACCAACUAACCAUAUUCUUAAGGAUUGUUCUUUUCGAAGCAUUUUUCAAUCCAUGGUACACAAAAGAUAUCUAUGUCCAUAUGUCUAUUUAGCAAAAAACAUGAAUUUUGAAUUCAGUAUUUCUUUUAAAUAUUGUUGCAACAUUUCCAAAAUACAGUGUAAAUACUUGAAUUCAAUUGCCUACGAAUCAUUUGAAAUAAAAUAUAUUUGACAUAUUAAA